AUGCCUUUUAAAUGUAUAUCUGUGUCUGCUCUGAUUGUCGUCUUGGCCUUCGCGAAUGUAGCGCUCGGAACACCAAUUCCUAACCACCUCAAUGGCGCUCCAAAUGAUGCGCACUUCGCUGCUUCAUCCCACGAAUCCAUGGGCUUGGCUCAACACCAGGAACGCUCUUUGGGGCUUGUGGCCCGAGACCAGGAUGCCGGCAGUAAGGCAAAAGAAGCUGACGCCGGAGCUGCCAAACAAGCCAAUGGACAAGUAGCUAAUAAGGACAACAACAAGGAGAAUGGCGCAGACCAGAAUAGGUCGGCGACAAGGUAUAUUGCUGCUCCUGGCUCGAAUCAGAUGUCUAUUCCGGUCGCUCCGGCAGGCUACAAUCUGUUUGCACAGUCGAUCAAUCAACUCGGCACACAGAACGGAUACUUUCUCUCCGACGUCUUGCUCGAGAGAACCCUCAUUGACUUCCCCGAAGACUUUCUCUCCACCAUCAUCAUCCUCUUCAGGCUUUUGGCCGAAUUUUAUCCCACCCAAUUGGCGUCUUGGGUCCCCUCAGUCAUCGAACGUUUGCCCCCCAAGGUCGCCACUAUGCCUGAUAAGGAGAGAUUCCUCCUUGCUUUUAAACAGUAA